GAGGGGGUGGGCGUAUAGGGCAAAGAGGGGGAGAAGUGGAAAACAGCUGUAAAAGCAGCAGGAAAUGCACGCAAAGCCCUCCUACAGUGGUGUUUUGAUAAACAUGUGCUCUGAUAACAGGCGUUGAUGAUGGUGGCUAGUGCAGGAUGAUGGUGGUGCUGGUGGGUAGCGUUUUUCUGUGGUGGCACACCCAAUAAGGAAAAAGCCAUGUGUCGCGGACAAAGCGAUUGUUUGCUGCAACCGAAGACAGAAUUAAUUAAAUAAAAAAUACGAGCGGCACACAUAGUCUGCAGACGACUUUUCGUGCCGACCAAAAACAUAAGUAGCAAAAAAAGACGCAGCUAAAACGCAGCCAAUGGGACCCUUACCACAGAGAAGGAUCUGGCCCAACAUAAAAAGCAAAACGCAGGCCUUCUUUUCCUUCUUUUCCUCCCCCAGUCCGUUACGCCUUGACUUGGGCCAGUUCCCACUAACCAAAAAAAGAACCGUACCAGAGAUCACAUAUCACCUUGUGCGCCCUGGGGCCUAGUGCAAGCCAAAUAAGUAGCUGCACGCGGCAGCCCUCUGACGUUCUCAACUUCUGCCCUCUCUACCCAAUCCACAGCGUCUUCAACUUCUUCCGUCAGCUUCGGCUUCCUCGUGCUUUCUUCAUUUUCAGUAGUCUUAUUCUGAAACGCCGCUCUACUACCAGCUCCGGAUCCGCCCACCACCACCGUAACCCGCCUGUUCAUCACGCCGUCCGUGCGCACCUUUUGGCAUAUACGACCUCUCGCUACAUACAAGCUUCGAAAAGGCCCGAGAACUAAAGAAGCGUUAUUUCUUUGCACCUGAGCUUCGUAAAUACACUUCUCUGAUACAUACUGGUCUUACUACUGCAGCAAACUGUGCUCCAUCACUAGUUUGCGGUUUACGUCUACAACACGCCAUCACCACACAUACACACCCACUCUCAAGAAGCUGAGGCCCUGCCCGUGCGCAAGAGGAAUACCACCGACGCCAAGCAAGCACCACUUAUUCACCUUGACCUUCACCGAUCUUCAAUGCCGUCCUUCGCCAAGUCGUCCAGCCGCAAACCGUUCAAAAACCCAGACCCUCAGGCGGAAUACUUCUCUGCUAUUGCCGCGUACGACCAGCAACCGCACUGCCAUAGUUAUCAGACCACUGGCAUGCCCUACGCACCCAACAACGACCAGCCUCAAACCUACCAUCACCAGCACAGCGAUAGCCACUCAUCCAUGGCGUCGUCGUCGUCAGCAGGCAGCUCCGGCAACGGCCGCUGGCUGUCCAGCGUCAAGACGUGGCUGUCUACCAGCGAGCCCUCGGCCCAGGCCAUGAAGAAACAGCGCCGGGAUACAUAUAAGAAGCACGGCGUCAGCCGCAGCGACCCUCAUGCCGCCGAGAAGAUGCAUCUGCCCAUGGGCAAGGUGCCCAAACAUGCCACAACAUCGACCUCGGGUCCAACCCCAGAGGAGCUCAUCUUUAAGGAGCGCAAGCAGAGACCCGAGUUCAUGAAGCAUACACAUUCUGCGCACUCGGUCUCGAGCGGAUACUCUUCUGGCCCAUCUAGUCUCAAGGAGACGAACCCCGUUGCUCCUUGGGACGAACAGUAAACCAUUGAGUUGGUUUUCGUUUUCCUCUCCAACAUGUACUGGCGUUUUCUGGGUUCGGGAUAGACAAGCAACUUCACCAGGUCGGCAUCACUUGUACCAUUUUCUGUGUAUAGCUAUUCUCUUUGUACUGUUCUUUUAUUCUUACAUUUUUGUUGAUAUAUGCACAACGCUGUAUGU